CCUCUCCUCUCCUCUCCACUGUCUCUCCCUGUUUCCCCCUGCAUGGCUGUGUGACAUGAGGUGAAUAUCAAUUCCUCAGCAAAACCCCCACGGUUUACAUGGCCGCUGCGCUUUCCUGGCUGUAAAAAGAACUGACUCUGCCUCACAAUGACUGACUAUGACCAGAUGCCACAGAAUACAGGAUUUACCUUGAUCAUGUGAUGUGACUCCCCUGCUAGUUCUUUGCCAUCUCAUUGGGGCAUCAUGACCCGCCGGCUGAGUAGCUCCACUCGUUCCCACACCGAGGACUCUAUCUUCCUGAGGCCUGAUGAAGACCCUGUCUGGUUAGAUGAGCCUACAAAGACUGAAAAAAUUGGUGAUGGAGCCCUUAAAAAAGACAGGCUAUUGGAAUGUAAAGAGGGACACACUGAAGGCCAACACCCCCAAGAGGAAGUGUUUCUACGUAAAGUGUACGCACUGGUGAUUGAGCUCCACUGCUGUGCAGCACUGUUCAUUGCCUCCCAAGUCAUGGGGUACUGGGUGUUUUUUGUGGUCGAAGGAAAUGGGCCACUCUCUUCCAUCUACAAAGCCCUGCAGGUCAUUGACUUCUACCUGGGGUUCAUCCUACCCUGCCACCCGAUUUUUGGAAUGGACUCAGUGGUGUUGAUGAGGGAGGUGGUAAACACCACAGAGCAUAAUUGGAUUGUCCAUGGCACCGCAGGCAUCGGCGUGGCCAUCUGUGUUGUCAUGAUCAUCCACAUGGUGUGCAAGUGGUGUUAUGGCACUGGCUUGUGGUCAUCAGGAACUGUGUCGAGGGACAUUGGCGAUCGUCGUCAGUCUGUGAGCCGCCAGCCCUCUUUCACCUUGUCAGAGUGGACAGAUGCCCAGGAGGAUCUGAUAGACCUGGACCCUGUGCCCCAGACUCCAGUCUUUGACAUGGGCACAGACACCAGGACAGAGGGAGAUGCUGCCACCCUUACUGUUACACCAGUGGGGCUUCAGGAGAGGAGAGGCUCCAAUGUUUCCCUGACCUUGGAUAUGUGCACACCAGGCUGCACAGAGCCCUACGGCUAUGGAGCCCAACUCUCUCCCAGAGACCAGUCAGCCCAGGAGUAUCUCCGACAGGGAACGCACAUUUUGACCCCUGCCAUGCUACACACAAGGGCCAUGGAUGACCAGAGCCUGCAGGCUGAGUUUUAUGAAACUCCCAUGAACUUUGUGGACCCUAAGGAGUACAAUUACCCAGGGCUGGUGAGAAAGAACCGCUACAAAACCAUUUUACCCAAUACACACAGCAGAGUGAUCUUGAAGUCACAGGAUGAAGAUGAUUUUCUCUCUACCUAUAUCAAUGCUAAUUAUCUUAAAGGUUAUGGGGGUGAGGAGUGUGCAUACAUUGCUACCCAGGGACCCACUGUGAACACAGUGGGGGAUUUCUGGAGGAUGGUGUGGCAAGAGAGAACCCCAAUCAUAGUGAUGAUCACCAACCUAGAAGAGAAGAAUGAAAAAUGUGCUGAGUACUGGCCCGAGGACACUGUGACACAUGAGGGCAUUGAGAUCACUGUGGUCAAGGUGACCCAGGAGGAUGACUACAGUCUGAGGGUGUUUACUCUGAAGUGCGGGGAAGAGGAGCGCACUCUGCGGCAGUACUGGUACACCUCCUGGCCUGAUCAGAAGACCCCGGACAAGGCUCCACCCCUGCUGGAGCUGGUGCAGGAAGUGGAAAGGGCACGUGAGGAAGCCCCGCCCUCCAGUGGCCCUAUAAUUGUCCACUGCAGUGCUGGAAUUGGUCGAACUGGCUGCUUCAUCGCCACCUCCAUCCUGUGCAAGCAGCUGAGAACUGAGGGUGUAGUUGACAUCCUGAGAACCACCUGCCAGCUCCGUCUGGACAGGGGUGGCAUGAUACAGACGUGUGAGCAGUACCAGUUUGUGCAUCACGUCCUCAGCCUGUAUGAGAAACAGCUGUCUCAAACUGCUGAGGAGUAGAGUGAGCGCGACGGCCACACCCAGACUGAGACACACCACUGUACACGUAUCCGCCUCAGGUGGUAUGCACCACUGUACCUAGCAUCAUCUCAAUCUCACCCUUUAACAAGUUCCGACCAUCUUAAUCUCUUCACUCAAGUCAGGCUCACUCAGACAGGACUGACUCUGUCCUAAUUGUGUGUGGUUGACCAGAACAAACAUAGAGGACGUGUGAUUUGAGAUACCCCACCCCCACCCCACCCAAAAAAAUUGUAGUAACGCAGUCCUAUUGAUCCACA